AUGAGGGAUUUUGAAGAAAGAAAGAAAACGUUUAAAGGCACUGAGAGAAACGUCAAAAUUAGGCUCGAUCCUAUUCUGAUGAAACGUUUCGAAACAAAAUCUGGGAAAAGUUUACAAAAUGCAAUCCAUGAAUCAGAUUUCAGUACAAAAGUGAAGUAUGAUGAUGAUAGCGGUCGUAUGACAUUCAAUACACCCGUGAUAGAAGCAUUUUACAAUGGUUCUGUACAGAGUAUUAUAACAAAGGUAAAGACGAUCAUCGAGGAAUGUGCAGAUGAUGAAUUGAACCAAAUUCUUUUGGUUGGCGGAUAUGCGGAGUCUCAAUAUUUGAGAAACAAAGUCAGAGAAGCAUUUCCGACCCUCGACCUUGUGUUAGUAGAAGAUGCAAAGUUGGCUGUGAUCAAGGGCAGCGUUAUGAUGGGCCUGGAAGAGAAGAACAUUGUACAGAGAAGGUCCAGGUUUACCUAUGGGUUUCGAAUUAGAAUUCCUUUCAUUGAAGGUGUUCAUCCUGAACAUUUAAAAGUCUUAAGUGAUGGAAGAGUUAAAUGUUCUAGUAUAUUUGAAAAAAUGAUAACGAAAGGUCAAAUGCUAACCUACAACCAAACUUUUAAAUUCUCUUCUUCAAACGAACUGAAACAAGCUAAAUCAAAGAAAAAACAAUUUUCCACUGCUUUAUUUCGCUCCACCAAAGAAGACCCAAAGUAUAUCACGGACGAGGAGGGAUGUAAGUUUGUUGGAAGAGUGAUCAUGAAUCCUCCACCUGGUGGCUGGCCUGAUUUACUGGAGUUUGAACAUCACCUGAUUGUGGGAGAAACUGAGUUUACAGUUAAAGUUUACAACAAAAGCUUAGGUGAAGAAUUACAGGCAACGCUCGAUUUUCUUUAA